AUGAUUAACGAUGAAAGGGACAAAAUCGCAAGGGCUGAUUCCAAGAAGUUUGAGUUGAUAUUUGGCGAAAUAGAGAGGUUGCAUCAACUAGUUACAAAAUCAAGAGAACAAGUGGCUGAUGCAAAGGCUUUGUUGGACAUAACAAAAUCCUUGGUAAUGUCUGUGAAGGGGCAUGCUAACGGUGUAGUCACUCCUUCAGAAUUUGUAUCACACAUUCUUGAAGAAUUUGGAGGACAGGGUGGAUCAAGUACUAGCACAGAAGGUUGCACCAGAAUCUCAAUAGCCUGGAAUGAUGUUGGACUAUCAGCAUCACAUGUUUUUAAAGCGGGUUCUAGCUGCUGUACAAUGAAUGGUCCCAUCUAUGCUAAAGUAAUGCAGAGGAAGGCUGUUAAUUAUAGAAGUAGGAAGCGUGUGAGGCCCAAUGAAUUGGCCCGACUAGAAGAGCUUGGCGAAGGUCCAAGAGAAGUGAAAGCUGAUAUAGAUAAAAACAUGUUAAUGAUGUUUAACAUCUUAAAGAAAAAUAUUGUUAAGCUUGAGAAUCUGAUUUUGAAUAGGAACUCCUUUGCUCAAACAGUGGAGAAUUUAUUCGCUUUAUCAUUCUUAGUCAAAGAUGGGUUGGCUGAAAUAAAAGUCAACGAGGCUGGAUCACAACUAGUAGAGUCACCUAGAAAUAGGGAUGUCAAUGCGGCAGGGUGGAGGCGAGGGAUGCCUCCCUGCUCCCCAUCCUCGCCCUCGGAUUUGCUCUCCAUCCCCGUCCUCAUUCUCCGCUGUGGGAGAAUAUUGCUCCUCAUUCCCAUUCCCCGCGGGGACCCCAUUCCCCAUCUACAUAAUAGUUCUAACUAA